CAAAUCAGAGGUUCCAGUAGUGGCUGAAAAGAACCAGACGGUCGGAUAACACCAACAAGGCCAUGAGGAGCCGAAGCCAAAGAGUCGUGUAUGCAAAUACUUCAUGCCCAGUGCUGUAGCUAUGUCAUUGGCCGGCGAUCGACGUUAACUAUCUCCGUCCCCCGCGGGUGACGUAAAUAUUUGACUUUUGGAAAUUCACAAAACCUCGUCGACGCCUCGUCUCUGUGACUCUGUGUGAGAGAGAGAGAAAAAUGGCGUCUGUGCUGCUAUGGAGGGUGUUACCUCUGUUGGCACUGCUCGCUUCUUUUUUGUUCUUCUUCUACGUCCAGAACUCUUCCAAGUUGUCUCACAAGGAGUGCAGCCUUCUUCCUCACCAGAGUUAUUGGAUAACCAGCAAGCGCAUUGUGACACCACAAGGUGUCAUUUCUGGUGCAGUGGAAAUAAGGGGAGGGAAGAUUGCAUCCAUUGUUAAAGAAGAGGAUGGGCGUGGCAAUUCCAAGGUGGGGCAUAUAGUUGAUUAUGGAGAGGCUGUUGUCAUGCCUGGCCUGAUUGACGUGCAUGCACAUCUUGAUGAUCCUGGAAGAGCAGAAUGGGAAGGAUUUCCUUCAGGGACUAAGGCAGCUGCUGCAGGUGGUAUAACAACAUUGGUUGACAUGCCUCUAAAUAAUUUUCCUUCAACUGUGUCUCAAGAGACUUUGAAACUCAAGAUUGAAGCUGCAGAGGAGAGAAUUUAUGUUGAUAUUGGUUUCUGGGGAGGUUUAGUUCCUGAAAAUGCAUUCAACUCAAGUAUUCUUGAGGGUCUCCUAAAUGCUGGUGUUCUUGGUUUGAAGUCUUUUAUGUGUCCUUCGGGGAUUAAUGAUUUUCCUAUGACAAAUGCCAGUCAUAUUAAGGAGGGACUGUCUAUACUUGCAAAAUACAGAAGACCACUACUUGUACAUGCAGAGAUUCAACAAGAAUCUGAAAGCCACCUGGAACUUAAAGAUGGUAGCCAUGAUCCUCGUUCUUACUCAACCUAUCUUCAGACUAGGCCACCUUCAUGGGAGGAGGCAGCUAUUAGGGAGCUUGUAACUCUGACAAAGGAAACAAGGACCGGUGGCCUUGCAGAAGGAGCUCAACUUCACAUUGUUCACUUGUCUGAUUCAAGUUCUUCCUUAGAUCUUAUUAAGGAAGCAAAAAGUAGUGGCGAUAGCAUAACUGUUGAAACAUGCCCCCAUUAUUUGGCUUUCUCAGCAGAAGAGAUUCAGGAUGGAGAUACUCGAUUUAAGUGUUCUCCACCUAUUCGUGAUGCAGCCAAUAACAAAAAACUGUGGAAAGCUUUGUUGGAAGGACAUAUUGACAUGUUGAGUUCUGAUCAUUCUCCGACGUUGCCAGAACUCAAGAUGCUUGAUGAUGGUAAUUUUUUGAAGGCCUGGGGUGGCAUAUCAUCUUUGCAGUUUGUUCUUCCUGUGACGUGGUCAUAUGGCCGGAAAUAUGGGAUAACUUUGGAACAAUUAGCUUUAUGGUGGAGUGAGAGGCCUGCCAAAUUUGCCGGACAAGAACUAAAGGGUGCAAUUGCUGUCGGAAACCAUGCCGAUAUUGUCAUAUGGGAACCAGAUGUGGAGUUUGAACUCAAUGAUGACUAUCCUGUAUACCUUAAGCAUCCUAGUAUUUCAGCCUACAUGGGAACAAAACUAUCUGGAAGGGUGUCGGCAACUUUUGUAAGAGGGAACCUUGUCUACAAAGAGGGGAAGCAUGCUCCUGCCGCCUGUGGUGUUCCAAUCCUCGCAAAGUAAACGGUCUCGGUCUAUUUGACUCUUGCCCAUUGACUAGCAUGGUUUCAGUUGAAGGUGGACCAGUUAUGGCUGGGGCAAUGUCAGAGAUACAAUUCACCACCAGCAUUUGUUCCAGUCAGCAAUUUUGGUCCAAUGAAAACCCGAGGUUUUACACUGUUCGUAAUAGCGUUGAUUUCAGCUUCAGGCUUGGAUGUGCAUAGUUUGUUGCUUACCAAGAAGGUUUCUGAAAUUACAUGUACAUUUAUGGUUAGAUGUAAUGAACUCACUAUUGCUGUAAAGUAGAUUUAUUAUUAUU